CGCAUGUAUCACGCGAGGAUGGUAGCAGAGUACGGCCCACGUAUAGGAUCAAGAGUCAAAGAGAUCUCUCGCGGGGCGAGUUCAAUGUGGGGAAAAUUUUCGCCCGAGGAUAGAUAUAUGUAUUAUCGAAUUGCAGAGUGCACUAAAAAAUUACGUAAUAAAAUGUGGCCAGAUCACGAUGUCAGUAAACCCGCGCGAAAAUAUACUAUUAAAUAUGGUAAUUAUGGUUAUGGUGAGGUCAAAGGAUGUUCGACAAUGUCCUUCGGAACACGACCGAACAAUCCACCUUCUGCGAAUGAUAACGUCAGUUUGGAUCGAAACUCCGGUAAUCAAAAUUUUAUUUACAAAAUAUUUACUUCAGAACUCAAACUUAGUGAGCAAAAUUGGUCGAUGUCUCAAUCGAAAGUCAAUGUCAUGUCUUCCUACGACAGAUCGCUAGUAGAUUCGGUUAACAAAUACGUUAGAAUCUAA